AUGCUCGCCUCCGCCUUCGACGACUACUCGCUGCGGCUGUGGGACUACACAGACAACGCCGUGGCGUGGAACCCCGUGCACCACGACGUGCUCGCCUCCACCUCCGACGACUACUCGCUGCGGCUGUGGGGCCCGCGCUACUACACGGACAACGCCGUGGCGUGGAACCCCGUGCACCACGACGUGCUCGCCUCCGCCUCCGACGACUACUCGCUGCGGCUGUGGGACUACACAGACAACGCCGUGGCGUGGAACCCCGUGCACCACGACGUGCUCGCCUCCGCCUCCGACGACUACUCGCUGCGGCUGUGGGACUACACAGCCAACGCCGUGGCGUGGAACCCCGUGCACCACGACGUGCUCGCCUCCGCCUCCGACGACUACUCGCAGCGGCUGUGGGGCCCGCGCUGCUAG